GGAACCGGCGCCUCUCCUGGGUCUGCAGAGUCCUGGCGUAGGGGGGGACAGCUGCCAGCCCCGGAGCCUCGCGGGGGGUCCUGGAAACCCGCAUGAAUCAUUCAUGAGUUUUGGGGGGAUGGUGCUCUGAGUAACUGAGCUCCCUGAAGAAGGCUGCCUGCCAUCCCUCGCUGCAUGCCAGCCCAGGCAGAAAACGGGGAACACAACUGAUUCAACGGUGGCAGAGCCACUGUCCUGCAGAAACACAAGCUCCUGCUGCCCAGCGGUGUCCAGGAUUCUAGGACAAGAGGCCCCCACUUCUACCUCAUGUCUAGGGGCGUUCGCUAGCCAUGGCCUUUCCCCCUGGCUUCCUGCUAUUGCUGCUGUUCUGGCUGGCAGGUGGCACCGUUUCCAGACAUAUUUCUGGAGAUUUGGAAUACGUGUUGCCCACCCCACACUAUGAGACCGAGGAGGAGAUCGUUGCAUCAGGGAAGACCCUGAGUGGGCUGGCCUGGCUGCCACAUGCCUUCCUCAGCCUGGUGGUGCCACAAGCUUUUCCCCAAGAUAUUAUGAGAGAAAUUAUAAAGAACAAAUUUGGAUUCAAAUCAACUAAUCUUAACCAGGUUGUUCACUAUGAGCUCGGGAUCCUUAUUUGUGCCAUCCUGGGACUGAUCUUCAUCAUCCUCAUGCCUAUAGUGGGGUUUUGCUUUUGUGUGUGUCGCGUCUGUAACAAGUGUGGUGGGAAAAUGCACCAGCGGGAGAAAGAGCAAGGACCGUACCUGCGACGCAACUAUGCCAUCUCCCUCUUAGUGCUCUCCAUCAUCAUAAGUUUUGGUAUUAUCUGUGGCUUUUUGGCAAACCGUCACCUCACGAAUGUGUCCACAAAAGCCAUGAGGCUUGCAGAGAGCAACAUAAAGGACUUAAGAACCUUUCUGAACAUCACUCCAGCGCAAAUCGAUUUCGUGUUGGACAAGUAUAAUCCUACGAAGGAAAAAGCGUUCUCGGAUCUGGACAAUAUCAAAUCACUGCUUGGAGUCAGAAUCCACCAGGCGCUGAAGCCCCAAGUACUCCCUGUACUCAGCAAUGUCCUGUCCAUGGCACUGGUAAUCAGAAGGACCAAAGAAAGCUUGAUGUAUGUGAACCAGAACUUGACCGAGCUGCGAAUAGCAAGCCAGCAACUCAGCUCCAGCCUGCAGCAGGUCAGAAAUAACCUGGAGCAAACCCUCAACAGCAACGACUGCAAGAAUAAGCCCAGUUGUGAAAGCAUCCUCUCCUCCCUGAGUGACUUGGACAACAAUAAUAAUCUGGCACAGCUUCCAUCUCUGGACGACAAAGUUCAUAGUAUUGAUGAAGUCGAUAAAAUCAAUUUGCUCCUCCUGGUUGAAAAGGGCAAUGCAACCUUUAACGAUAUCCCUGAGAUGGUGCAAAGUCAAACCCAAAACUUCAUAGCAGAUAUCAAAAAGAGACUGAAUUCCACUGGUUCUCAACUUGAAAACAUAACUAAAGAUCUGCCUAUUCAGGAUAUGAUAGCCAAUUUUACGAGGAACAUUGAUGACUUUGAAAGUAGCAUUGACCCUUAUUUCACCUUAAUGGAGAAGUAUGACCUGUACGGGUGGGUCAUUAAGUUGGUUCUCUGCUUCCUGCUCACCAUCAUAGUGACUUUCUAUUUCCUCGGCUUACUAUGUGGUACAAUUGGCUACAGCAAGAGGGCCACCCCAACCACCCGGGGCUGUGUCUCCAACACCGGUGGCAUCUUCCUCAUGGUUGGCGUUGGGUUCAGUUUCCUCGUAGGCUGGAUAAUCAUGUUCUUCGUGGUCCUUAUGUUCGUCGUAGGAGGCAACGUGGAGAAACUGGUCUGUGAGCCCUACCAGAACCAGAAGUUGUUGCAGAUCUUAGACACGCCAUAUUUGCUGAAUGGGCAAUGGAAAUACUAUCUCUCUGGCCUUAUAUUAGAUGAUCCAGAAGUGGUUCUCACUAUUGAAGAGGCUUACAAUCGCUGCAAAGAUAAUCAAGCCCUUUAUACUGUAUUUAAGAUGGACACGAAGUACAACAUUAGUGAGAAACUCAACAUUAAGAAGCUGACCACCCAGAUAAACCAAGAGUUUGACAACAUGAAAAUAGACCUUAGCAACGUCGUCGUACUGGAUGAGAAAGGAAAACAAGGCCUUAAAGAAUUCAGUGCUGCUGGGGUUCAAAACCUGCAUUAUGACAUUUUCUUGACUGAGAUAAAUAAACCUCCCACGAGAGGGGACCUUCUAUUAUUUGCAAAGAAGGUAGAAAGAGAAGCCAACAACUUGCCCACACAAGGGGCAGCACAGAUGGACCUGCUGAGGGAAGCCCAGAGCAUCAAAUACAUCUACCAGGACAAGCUGGUCCCUCUGCAAGAAAUCGUGAGCCAAGCAGACGUAAGCCUGCGGGAAUUGCAGCAAACGACCAACAACUUGGGGGAGCGAGUGGACCAUCUCAUCUCCAGCCUGGAGUCUGCACAGGGCUUCCUCACCACCAACGGCUCCAUUGUCAUCCGCGAGGAAAGUAGGGAAUAUGCAAACUCUAUCAUAUGGAACUUUGAACACUAUCUGAAGUGGGUCGAGAAAGUGAUCACCGAGGAGGUUGCGACCUGCAAGCCCAUGGCCACUGCUCUCGACUCGACUGUCAAAGUGUUUCUAUGCAGCUACAUCAUAAACCCCAUCAAUGUGUUUUGGUUCAGUCUCGGGAAAGCUACCUUUUUACUGCUUCCAGCUCUGAUUCUUGCUGUCAAACUGGCAAAGUACUACCGGCGAAUGCAGUCAGAGGAUGUGUACUAUGAAUACACCAACUAUGAAUCUGCAGCCGCUUCCAGUAACGGGAAAGAAACCAUCUCUUCCUGAAUCCCCAGAGUUCUAUGACUGCCCAGACCCCACACGGAGAAGCUGGCACACCGGUGUCUUAGGAGUUUUGUUCCAGUCCUUGGACUGUGAACGCUUCUAUGUAGAAACCUCUGUGUUCAUUUCCAAGUCAACCCCUGGAAUACCACAUGGAUUGGGCACAUCUAGAGUGAGUGGGACUUUAGAACUGUACACUUGAACAAGUAACAGAUGUGUGUGAACAAUAAAGAGCAUAUUUCCAAA